GUUUAAGUUAACAAAACAAUAAAAUUAACGCCCACCUCUAUCUGGAUCACAAAAAGCGUAUAGCCCAAAGAAACUGUUGUGACCUUGUAAUGUAGCCCACCCAGAUCCCAAGUUGGGACAAUAAAACUGAUUUCCACUCACGCCACUCAGACUCUCACUCACUCAGACUGAGGUUAAGCCAUGUCCCGAAUCUCGGAAUCCGGCCAGGUCCCCAAACCGGCGAAGCCUCGAAGGACAGACGAGAUCCCAACUCAUGGCACUACCAUGAUUUUUAUAAAGACGAAUGAACUGGUAAUCGUUGGGAGCGACUCUAGAAUUAGCAACGGCAGAUCGAACCGUAUAGUUAACGAUGAUGUGUUUAAAAUUGAAGCAAUAACUUCAAAUAUGUAUGCAACAUGUACGGGAUUGUUUCGUUCAGGCCUAGGAUUGUUUGAAGAUUUGCGAAAGCAGUACAUGGAGAAGAAAAACUCUGGUGUUGAACCGACUCUUAAAGAAAUUGCAGAUUACGGUCGGCAACGUAUCCGGACAUGGGACAAUGACGCGCAUUAUAGUGUUAUUGGAAUUGAAAAUGGGAAGCCCCAAGCUUAUGGUUUUACUGAUAAAGAAAAGUACAAGGAUACUGUGGCUCUCAAGACAUGGUGGUCAUUUGGCAGUGGUGGAAAGUAUGCUAAGCCAAAACUUAGAGCUGAUUACAAUAGGGGGAUGUCUGAACCACUUGCAUUGAAGUUAGCUGAAACGACUUUUUUAGCUGCAGCCUUAGGUGAUCCAUUUACCGGGGGAUACCUACGUGUAUUUGUCUUUGACUCAAACGGAAAAAGAAAGGAGUAUUCCAAGACUACAUUGGAGUUGUAUUUGAGUUACUACUCACUCUCAGAUGAGUUCCAUUCAAGAACAAUCUACAUCUUUUCUCGCGGCCAGAUUGGUGAUACUGUAGUGACCCAAUGGUUUAGUUCUGGAUGUCUUAUUGAACCGGUUGAGGUGAUGGUCGUACACCCUGUUGGAUAUAUUGGGGGAUAUAUUGUUCGUCGUGUGGUAUUUCAGGAGAAAGAUGCUGCAACCAUUAUUCAAGAAGUACAACACCAAUGUGAAAGAUAUGGUUGUCGUGAUAGAACUGACGAAGAAAUUAAUACGUUUCCGUGUCUUCAAAUUGUUAAUGAGCGAUUUCAUUUUGCAAAGUUAACAAAAGAGCAAUUGAGCAAUUUACUUGGACAGAAUGCGUAGAUGAUUGGCUUUGUAUGGAUACAUUGUUUAGAUCGGUAUUUUGUUGAUUAUGAAAGAUAAUUUCUCCUA